UUGUUCGAUUCGACUCUCAACUCGGCAAUGUGAAGAUUAAAGUGUUGCAAAGUAUAUAAUCCUGGAUGUCUGGAUUAUUUGUCGAUGCAGUGCCAAAAAUACGAUUAAAACCGAGCAGUGAACGAAACGCGGUGGAAAAAGCCGACUUAAUUGGAAGAGUUUCAGCUUUAACUUCAAACUUGCCCCCUUUUCUCUAUUACUGGAUUUUAUGAAAACUAUGUCACGAGACCAUAUUAUGGAUUAUGAAGAGCGGUCACAAUUGUACAGAUGGCCCUGAAUAACUGCGAGAGUAUAUUCACUUUCAUGCACCUUUGCUAAAUCCAUCUCAUCUCAUCUACUCAAGCGCUCACACCCUUGUGUUUCCACGUACUGCUGAAAGUAAGAUGUUAUCCAGGCUGAGUGAGUGGUUCUGGAACGAGAGACUAUGGUUUCCAGGAGACCUGGGAUGGGCUGACUUGGAGAAUCGUGAUGGACUCACCUAUGCCAAAGCAACCGACCUCUGGGCGACCCUGCCCAUUGCCCUCGCCUUCCUCAUUAUACGACAGAUCUUUGAAAGGACAGUGGCCAUUCGACUGGCCACAGCUUUGGGUGUAAAGGAGAAAGUCAGAGUGCAAGCGGCAUAUAACCCCACUUUGGAGUCAUACUUCAGCAUCACGACUAAAAAUCCCACACAGAGUGAAAUUGUGAGUUUAGGUAAAAAGACAGGCUACUCAGAAAGACAAAUCCACAGAUGGUUCAAGAGACGAAGAAAUGAAGAGAGACCCAACCAGCUCAAGAAGUUCAAAGAGGCCAGUUGGAGAUUUACCUUUUACCUUCUUGCUUUCAUUGCUGGCCUUGCUGCUCUUAUUGAUAAACCCUGGCUCUACAAAAUGGAGGAGAUGUGGAAUGGGUUUCCAGUGCUGACGCUGCUGCCAUCUCAGUACUGGUAUUACAUGAUUGAACUGGGAUUUUACAUCGCGCUUCUCUUCAGUGUCGCGUCAGAUGUCAAGCGAAAAGACUUUAAAGAGCAAAUCGUUCACCAUGUUGCCACCAUUCUGCUGAUUAGUUUCUCAUGGUGUGUGAACUACAUCAGAGCAGGAACGCUCAUUAUGCUGGUGCAUGACUCAGCCGACUAUCUGCUUGAGUCUGCCAAGAUGUUUAACUACGCCGGCUGGAGAAAGAUGUGCAACUACAUAUUCAUCGUAUUUGCUGUCAUCUUCAUCAUCACCAGACUCAUAAUCCUCCCAUUUUGGAUCUUGCAUUGUACCUGGGUGUAUCCAGUGACUGUAUAUCCUCCGUUCUUUGGCUAUUACUUCUUCAAUGGGCUGCUUUUUGUGCUGCAGUGUCUGCACAUCUUCUGGGCCGUACUCAUCCUGCGUAUGGCCAUCAAAUUCCUGCCAGGCAAUAAUAUUGUGGAGGACGAGAGGAGUGACCGAGAAGAAACAGACUCAGAGGACGAAGAGGAAGGUGAGAAAGACGGGAGAGCACCAACUAAAAACGGACCAGUGCUGAACGGCUACUCCCCCCUAAACAACAACCAUCACCGCAAGACUGAGUGAUGCCGAACGACACGAGUGAGGAGGUACAACGUUCCCCUUCACGAUGUACACAAGGACGAGACCAACAUAAUAAAGAGAGGGGUGAUUGAUGGAUUGAAUAAAGGCCCAGAACAGUCACACACAUUCUACACACUUGAAUGGGAUGCAGAUUGUUUCUAAACAGACGCACUUUAAAAACAAGGAAGGCUCCCAAAACCUUCAAAACACUAUUAAAAGAAAUUAUGUUGGUAAAUAAUGUUUUUUUUUUUUUUUUUUUUUUGCAAUAUGUAAAAACCAUCCAGAUGAUACAGGAUUUCUAUUAGUAGUGAAUCCAACAUUCACUUGCUUAACUGAAAAUAUUUCCUCCAGUGUAUUGUGUUUAGUGCCUUACUUCUGCCAUCCUGUGUUUCUUACAUAUUACUUUCUGAUUGUUUUAUUGGGCAUCAAACACACUACUAUACUCCUCUUUUAGUUGUCAGUUUUGGGCAUUUUUGCACAUUUUGCUGAUCAACUUUCAGAUUUUCAACUUUCAGUGCUUGACUCCUUUUUGAAUUUCAAAUUCAGAGGUUUCAAAAAACCAACUGGAAAUUGAGUUCACCAUUUAGUUCACGUCCUUGCAGAAUCGCAGUCUCACCAAGUGACCUUUUACACCCUGCCUUUCCACGCACACACGUGACCUUCGUUAUAAGCAUGUGUGGACAGACACUGCAGAGGGCCUCACUCCUCUUUUCCCAGUGUAGUUGCUGUUAUUAAACUUUAUUGACCCGUUCCUGUUACACUACCACCUAGAGAUUCUAAAACCAUCUAAAACUAAUUUGCACGGUUCUGUUUGGACGAACCAUUUGUAUUGCAGUGAUAUCCUGUCUUAGAAGCACUGAAUCAAUGCGUCGCCUUUUGCGUGUAACAUUUGUCAUGUGUCUUCGCUGUUGUGUCCGUUAAGAAGCAACAAAAAUCUAAUAUGUAAUAAUUCUGUUUCGGUAAGUGUGUGUGUGUGUGUGUGUGUGUGUGUGUCCUGUUCAUUUCUGUUAAAGGUGUAUCCUUAAAUAUAGCAGUUACACCUAGAGACAAGUGUUUUUUUUUUUUUUUUUAAUUUUCAGAAAGAUACUUUGUUUCUUUUUUUUAUUGAUUUUUGUUUUAUUUGUUUUCCAGUUGGUUUUCAUUUAAGAUUAUUUUUAUUUAAUGUCCAGAUUUUUUCAACAAACCUGAUAAGCUGAUAAUCAUGGUGCCUUGAUCCUGCAACAACAGCAAAAAAAAUCGAAAUACUUAUUUAUAUCUCACAUUUCUGACUUGCAAGAUAUAAACUUGAUAUUGUGAGAAAUAAAGUCACAAUUGUGAGUUUGAAUCCCACAAUCAAGAAUUUAUUUCUCAUAAUAACGAGAUAAAAACUCGCGAUUUCAUUUAGCGCGCAAUUACGAGUUUAUAUCUCGCAAUCGCAAAAAAUUAAGUAAAAAUUGAAAGAUAUGAAAUUGCAAUUGUGAGGUUUUUAUCUCACGCAAAUGUGACAUUAUAUAUUGCAAUUUCACAUUUCUUCCGAGCAAUUGUUAUAAAGAAUGAUCAAGUCACAAUUGUGAGUAAUAUAUUCAGAUUAGUGAGAUAUAAAGUCAGAAUUACCUCUUAUAUUAAUACCUCUUAUCCAAACAAUUAUGCAGUAGUAGAUGGAUAUUUGCUUGUUAAAACGAAGUACUUGGCAGGAGAACUUUAAGCCAAUGUUUUUGUCUCUUCCAUUUUUAUGAUGAAUGGUUACAGUUAAUGGUCAGUAUUUAGUACUGGAUGCACUUUGUAGCUCUCCAUCCAUCUGUUGUGUUGAUAUAAAGACUGUAAAAUGCAUUUAUUAUAAUAAUUCUGUUAUUGGCAAACUGUUUGACAUCAUAGGAAUCUAGACUUGCAGUUCAGUAGUUAUGGGAAAUAGACCAAAAAUAAAAAGGUAUUUGCCCAAUAUGUACUGUAGAUAUGUACUGUUUGCUCUAUAUCUGCAAUUUUACAUGAGUGUGUUAAACCUAAAGUGUUUGAUUCAAUAAUGAGGUCAGAUGUAACAUCCUCUUUCCACAAAAUCUCUUAUAGUUUAAAGGUAUAGUAUAUUCACUGAGAAAUGAAAAUUGUAAUCAUUUACUCACCGUCGUUUUGUUUGGAACAACUUGGAACAACAGAAUUUUCAUUUUUUGGAAAACUAUCCCUUUAAGUGACUGUUUAAAAUUGUGGUCCAGUAUUUAUUUAUUUUUUAUCUCAAAGUCUGUGUCAAUGCAAGUGCUCAUUAUGUAAAAAAUGCAUUUUUGCAAAUGGAAUGGGACAUCUGGAUUGGCUUUACAAUGCUAUUUUAAGUUUCCAAAUAUUUUUGCAAAUGCCUUAUUUGUACAUGUAUAUUUGAGUUGCUUGUUCUCUGUAUUCUUACCUCAUCAUCUUAACACUAUAGAAUAUUUUCAAACUAUAUCCUCCUCCUCCUCCUCUCUCUCUCUCUCUUUGUCUCUGUUUACAACCAUCAUUCAUCUAUCAUUACGGCCUGGUGCCAAGACCAAGUCCUGUCAAAUGCGUGUCCACUUUACAAACUUUAAUUUGAUCCGUGUCCCAACUGCCAGUGUUUUUAUGUUAUAUUUUGUAUUGUCAUUAUUCAAAGAUGUAAGAUAAAGAGUCUUGUGGAUGACAAACUACUUUUGUUUUGGGUGCUUGUUUUUGAAAUAGUUUAUCAAACUGGAAAA